CGCCAUCGGACAAUAGGCCGCCCGCCCGGCUGCCGUGAACUUCCUGCCGGGGCCCCGCCGGCCCGUGUGCCCCGGACUCUGAUCCCUCUCCGCGCCGGCCGGGAUCGCAGCUCCGCGCCACCAGGGGAAGCAGCAGAGGACCGAGCGCCCGGGACGUUCCAGCGCCUCCCGCCGCCGCGCCUUUGCUCCGGCCCGGCGGGUCCGCGGCCUCUGCGCUCUUCGCUCUGAGCGACUUAACCCCGUCCAGCGGCUGCUGCCUUGUUGUGGGUUUCCGAGUUUGGUUGCUUAAGGAGGAUGUGAUUUUUACCCCCCCUUAUUUCUUUUUCGUUUUAUGAUUUGAAACAGAGAAAAGAACUCACAGCCAGCUCGGACAGCGAAGCGCCACCAGCUGCCCCCACGUGGACACCUCCGAGAGGAAAGGGAAUUGGAAGCAAACUUGGUCCAAGUGACUUUGAGGCCUCACCGUCGGCUGGACUCUAAGGCCUGGGGUCAUGACUCUCAUGCUGGGCAGGUGGAAGGCUUUGCCUGUCCUGGGCUGGACGUGAGUCUCUGCCCUUCGCCAGCACCUCCACCGGCCCACCUCCACACACUCAAUACCCAGCAUCUAGGCUAGGCCCGGACACUUGUCAGCAACAUGGAUAAGUAUGACGACCUGGGCCUGGAGGCCAGUAAAUUCAUUGAGGACCUGAACAUGUAUGAGGCCUCCAAGGAUGGACUCUUCCGAGUGGACAAGGGUGCAAGCAACAACCCGGAGUUUGAGGAAACACGCAGGGUGUUUGCCACCAAGAUGGCCAAAAUCCACCUGCACCAGCCGCACCAGCUCCUGCAGGAGGAGACCCUGCCCAGGGGGAGCCGAGGUCCCGUGAACGGUGGGGGCCGCCUGGGCCCACAGGCCCACCGGGAAGCUGAUGGGGGCAGCAAGGUGACGGGGGAUGGCGCUGCGAAGCCUCCUCUCGCUGCCUCGACAGUGGCCCCUGGGACAGCCACAACCAUCGCGGCUGGGCAGCCCUUGUCCCCACCCCAGGAACAGAGGGCCAAGCUGUGCGUCCGUGGCGCGAGGCAAGGCAGCCAGGACUGUGGCUCCAAGGAGAGCGUGGCGAGUUCUGAGAUGUCUGCUUUCCAUCGGCCGGGCCCCUGUGAGGAUCCUUCCUGCCUCACCCACGGAGACUAUUAUGACAACCUCUUUUUGGCAAGCCCCAGCUGGGGCGAUGAACCAGCAGUGUCCCCCAGCAUCAGGCUGGGUGUAGGAAGUGGGUGGUCUGGCACGCCAGGGAGUGGCCCACCACUGUCCACACCCUCCAGGGACCAUCACCUAUACCAGCUGCAGCUUUCCCCGAGCUCCAGCAGGUCAUUGCAGAGCAGCCAGGAUGGUGGUGUUGGUGGCCACAGCAGUGAGAAGCCAGCAGCUCUUUGGACCACCGCCUCCUCCCAGCGAGUGAGCCCUGGCCUCCCCUCCCCAGGCCCAGAGAACGGGGCCCUACCGAGACCUGCUCAGCCCAGGACCCCUUCUUUCUCAGCGCCCCUGGCCCUGAACCGCUCCAGUCAGGGACCUCUUCCAAGAACAAACUCGGGGGUAGGGAGUGAGGUUUCAGGCAUGAUGCCCAAACCCACUGUGGACCCUCAACCCUGGUUCCAGGAUGGCCCCAAAUCUUACCUUUCUAGCUCUGCCCCUUCAUCCUCGCCAGCCAACAUGGACAAUAUGCAGCUGGGUGCAGUCCCUGGGCCGGGUCCCAAGUCUGGCUGUACAGACGCUGGCGCUGGUCCGAAGCUCAGCCUUGUCCAUCCAGUGAUGUCCACCCUGCCUGAGUUAUCUUGUAAAGAAAGUCCCUCUGGCUGGUCCUCUGAUGGCAGCCUGGGGCCUGUGCUCCCAGAGAGCCCCGGUUCCCCCAGGGUGAGACUGCCUUGCCAGACCCUCAUCCCGGGCCCUGAGCUUGGACCCACGGCUGCCGAAUUGAAAUUAGAAGCCCUCACCCAACGUCUGGAGCGUGAGAUGGAUGCUCACCCGAAGGCCGAUUACUUUGGAGCCUGUGUGAAAUGCAGCAAGGGGGUGUUUGGGGCUGGCCAGGCCUGCCAGGCCAUGGGGAACCUCUACCACGAUGCGUGCUUCACCUGUGCGGCCUGCAGCCGGAAGCUGAGAGGAAAAGCCUUUUAUUUUGUCAACGGCAAAGUGUUUUGUGAGGAAGACUUCCUGUACUCUGGUUUCCAGCAGUCUGCUGACAGGUGUUUUCUUUGUGGACAUCUGAUCAUGGACAUGAUCCUUCAGGCCCUGGGGAAGUCCUACCACCCCGGCUGCUUCCGCUGUGUCAUCUGUAAUGAGUGUUUGGACGGGGUACCCUUCACUGUGGACUCAGAGAACAAGAUCUACUGUGUCCGGGAUUACCACAAGGUGUUGGCCCCCAAGUGUGCAGCCUGUGGCCUUCCCAUCCUUCCACCUGAGGGCUCAGAUGAGACCAUCCGAGUUGUGUCCAUGGACAGAGACUACCACGUGGCGUGUUACCACUGCGAGGACUGCGGUCUGGAGCUCAAUGAUGAAGAUGGUCACCGCUGCUACCCCCUGGAGGACCACCUGUUCUGUCAUUCCUGCCACAUCAAGAGGCUGGAGAAGGGUCACUCAUCCACAGCCUUUCACCAGCACCACUUCUAGCCAGAGCCUCCUGCAGACCUCACGGUGGGGAGGAGGAGCCAGGGUUGCACCAUGAGAAGUCCGCCGGUUAAUUCCUGUCACCCUUGGGGAGGAAUUGGGAGCGGGGGAGUGGAGGGGAGGCAGGUGCCUUUCCUUUAAACAAGGAGGGGAUCCCUGCUGGUCUGGGAUUAUGUAUUUACCAAGUGCCUUUCACUGCUGCCACACCCUCAUCGUAUACUCAGGAAGAAGCCCCAGCAAGCGUGGCAUGUGACAGGAGAUCUCAUUAGUGUGACUGAAUGAACCUUCCUGUCCCCUCUGGGAAGAGUUCACACUUCAGUGGGAAAGGUUUGCACUGAAAAGAGAUUUCAGCUGCCGAUAUGUUCAAUCCUUUCCCUCCCCUUCGGAAAAUACCUGCACCCAAACACCCCCUCCCAACCCCUCCCCCGCCCCACACACACCAUAAUUUAAGAUUUCCUUCCACUCCAGAGCUUCAGUUCUUCUGUAGAAUGGCUGCAAAUUUUAAUUGCAUCAUUGCAAGAGGGAUGCUCUAACGUGUGCUUUGUAUCUUAGGAAGAAUUCACUUGGUAAAGCAGAGCUAAGGUGUGAAAUAAGUGAGAUGGGGUUUUCUCCUUGUGGCCUGAUAGCAUUCUGUGUGCCCCUGGAAAUCGUCACUCCUUUAAAGGCAGCUGGCGGCCUGAUGGAGGAUUGAUCCUGUUCUAGGAAAGUGUGCUUUGGGAUGAGAACUUGGUGCAGGCGCCAGGCCUCUUUUGCCCGCCUGUUGUGCUUUUUUUCCUCUGGAGCUCUCAAGAAUCUGGGACUUCAGAGUUCCCCCUGCAAAGGCUGGUCUCGGGAUCUUUUGUGGGGAUCCUCUUAUGCCUAUUUUCGCUUCUUUAACAAUGGACUUUGGGGAAGUGUGCCCACAUACUGAGACCUGACCCCUUAUUAAUGAGGAGAGUUUUUGUGUGUAAGAUCUCAAAGCCAGCCUGGGAGAGAGUGCCUGAGCAUAAGUUAUGAUAUUCAUUUCACAGGUUUCUCUCUUGCCAAUUCAGGCAUUAUGCUUGAAGAAACCAGUAUAAGGUACACUGCUUUUGUCUGUUUUUUUUUUUUUUUCUUUUUCUUUCUGUAAAAAUUGUUUCCCUCUACUUUCAGUCUCCCACACACAAAAAAUACCUCACAGAUAAGAGCUUCAGAUUAAGGAGGAAUUUGGCCAUCACACUGGACUCAGCCAGUGUGUGUUAGGAACCUCUGGCUUCACCCAGGUCAGACCAGUGGGUCAGGGCACUGUAAUCUUAACUAAAGUUCAGCUGGGAAUAGAUCUGAUUGAUACUGGGUGCUCCUGCCUUACGCAUUUCAUCAUGCUGGCUCCCCGGGAUGGCAAGGGCUAAGGGAGGGCCACCUACUGGCAGGAUUUCAAGGCCACCUCUGCACUGAAGAGGCAAAAUGUGCCCUGUGUGUCACACUCCUGAGGCCAGAGGUCAAUACCCCUGGGUAUUUCAAUGAGAAGAAAGUGUGAGAAAAAGGUUGGCUGGCAUUUGGCUUCUCAGCCCACGGGGAGGGACCCCGGGCCUUGUCGCAGGAGGGCAGGGGCCAUCUCACCACUGCCAGCCAGGCUGGGAGCAUGGCAGCUGGCAUCUGCUCUCUGCCGCCUCACCUCACAUCCAGAGGGAGGGGAUUGGGUGGCUGGGGCCUCAGAGGGCAUCAGUGGAACCCAAAGGCACAAGGGACUCACAGACUAUUCACUGGGCCCAGUUCUACUUCUAAACCAUGCUUUGACUCAUUUGGUAGCAGUUGCCUGUAAGAAGCACAGAAAUGGCACCAUGGAUUGUCUUUUCCAUUUUUGUUAAAUUCAUUCUGCUGGAAUCCUUUGGCCAGAUGUUACUUCAGCCCAAGCUGUGUGAUUCUAUUGGUUCCUUUUCACAGGCUGAGCCUCCUAAAAACCCAUGAAUGUUUUUAGGAGGGCUAAAAAUCCAGGGGGCUGGGGAGGUGAACCCUGGGGUCCCCCCCUCCCUUCCCAGCACACCAUCCAGCUCAGCCUUGGCAAGGCUGGUGGGCAGAUGCAGCCAGCCAGUAUGUCUCAACCUGUCUCUGCCAACCUAGGAUUAUUUCUGGCCUUGAUGACACACCUUUGCUCCACUAAUCAAGUCAAGCAGAAGAAAGAAAAUUGCCUUGGAGCCACAUCAGAAGUAGCAGGGAUUUGUUUGCAAAUUGGGUAACAGUUGAGCCUUGAACAGCACGGGUUUGAACUGCAUGGGUCCAUUUAUAUGUGGAUAUUUUUCAGUAGUAAAUACUGCAGUCAGUACUACAUGAGAUCUGUGGUUGGUUGAAUCCACGCUGCAGAGGGACCAUGAUUACGGACGGCCGACUAUAAGUUAUAUGAGGAUUAACCCUUAAGUUGUUCAAGGCAUAACUGUAGUUUAAAAAUCUGAUUCAUUUUUUAAAUGAAAUUUUUAAAGUGGCCUUGAUUGAGGUAAUUUUGAUAUCUCAGCAAAUAUUUUAUACUGCUGAAGAAGAACAAUAAGAGAAUUUCUAGACACCCUAGAAAUCUGAGCAGCAACUUCUCUUACUGUCAGUGUCCCUGGAGAGGGUACUGGGUAGGAAUCUCCUACCAGUUUUGUCUCCUCCUCAGGCCCUUGCAAAAAAGCCAUGAAUAGAUGCCCACUUACCUGGUAUUUUAAACUUUCUAUAAAUUAUUAGCCAAAUAGAGCUAUAAUGGGGUUGUAUUUAUAGGCAUGUAGAAAGAACACACAAGCACUUCGUAGACCAGGAUGAAUAAGUUUGUUUUAAAAGGUAGAGCAGAUAGCCUUAUCUUGAGCUCCCUAGAUGACUCUUGGGCUUUAGAUAAACAAGAAUUAUGGCCUGAUUCCAGACGCCAAAGCCAGCCUCCAGCCUUCUCCCUUGCCUCACUUUGCCCACUAGUUUUUUCUUGUCAUUUCUUCCCCUCAGCUAGGGUCAUUCAAAAACGGCCUGAGUGAUCUGAGAAAAGCCAGGAAUGCAGUUUGGCCUGUCAUAGCAGGAUCCUCUCUCUCUGACAUUAUCCUCCCAUCUGUGGUUGAGUAGAGAGUAAUUUGUUCAUUUUUCACACAGAAGGGCAUUGAGUCCUGUUGGGUCAUUGCCUGCACGUGGCGGCAGGACUUUCUAUUUCUCCAUGGUUAGUGCUUGAGCGAAAGCCUCUUUCGGCUGAGUCCACUGAGGUUGUGCCACUGAGUCCUGGGAAGCCGGUGGGAUUAUCAAGGAGUUCUGAUUGCUUUCAAGUGCUGCCAUCACCUUGUUUCAGUGGACUUGAGUUACCCAAGAUGAAAAACAGAAAUGUUAGAAUUUGAGAGAAUGAUCUGGAAUUCACACUCCUUUGCAGGCUGUUUUUGUGUGCCGUUUCCCACAUGUGUGAAAGUAUGAGAGCUAUGAUGGCUGCUAGUGCCCUUGCAAAGAAUGUGUGCAAGACUUGACCCCAAACCAUUGUUGCUUGAUGCACUUGUUAAAACUGUCGACCAGGAAACCAAGUGCUUUGUAUUCUCCUUUGUGCCAGGAAUGAGUCCUAAUUUCCCAGUUACUAUUGGAAGUAACUUUUAAAAGCAAUAGGAAAAAGAUGAGGAAGAUGUGUUAGCUAUCAAUUGUUCUGAGCCAGAACUGGACAGAUGUGGGAAAUUUCUAUAUAGUGUAUGAAAGUUUCACUCUGCAGGGAAAUUAUUUUCCCCUGUGUCUCUUCUUUUACUUUAAUUGGUUCAAAAUAUUGUUCCUGUAAAAUUAUUCAAAAUUUUACUGUUACUAUAAAAUUAUUCAGAAUAUUGUUACUAUAAAAUUAUCCAAAAUAUUGUUACUAUAAAAUUAUUCAAAAAUUUACUGUUACUAUAAAAUUAUUCCAAAUA